CAGAAAAUAUAAAUUUGAUCUUAUCUCCACCACAAGGAUACUUUGCUGUAGGGUCAGACAUCAGCCUCACCUGCUCAGUUGGAUCCAGACCUCCUGCCCAGUUUAAGUGGUUUCUGAAUGGAGAUCAGCUGCCUGAUACUGGAUCAGAGCUCAGACUGAUGAAUGUACAGAUGAGUCAGAGUGGAAACUACAGCUGUCAGGCCUUUAACAGCAAAACUCUGAGAUCUCAAACAUCUCAGCCUUCAGCCAUCACUGUACUGGAGAAAAUAUCAGCUGCUUCUGUCAAACCAUCAACAAACCUGCCAGUUGAGGGAACCUCUGUCAGUUUAACCUGUGAGGCUUCUGGCUCAGUCUUUACAAGAAACUGGAUGAAGGAUGGCUCAGAUCUGACCCCGACUGACAACAUGAUCCUUUCUGACAAUAACAGAGUGUUGACCUUUGACACUGUGAAUAGGAAAGACAAUGGAGAAUAUUUCUGUCAAAUCAGCAACCCUGUCAGCAGUGAUGGAGCUAAAUACAUCAUGACUGUUAACUAUGGACCAGAAAAUGUUCAAAUCAAAGGUCCAAAUAAGAUAAAUAUCAAAGGCACCUUAAAACUGACCUGCUCUGCUGAAUCCACACCAUCUGCCAGAUUCUCCUGGUUCUUAAAUGGGACAGAAAUACUCACCAAUUCAGCUGAGUACAUUAAAGAAGAGGUUGAACUUUCUGACAGUGGCAACAACACCUGUCAAGCAUGGAAUAAUAUAACUGAGAGAACAUCAUCAUCAGCGGUGCAUGGACUGACUGUAACAGAUCUAUCAUCAGGAUGUGCUGCUGGUUGCAUCGCUGGAAUAGUAAUCGCAUGUUGUGUCAUCAUCGCUGCAGCUGUUGGUGGAGGGUACUACAUUUAUGAGAAAAAAUUCAACAAAAAUCCUCAGAAGCAAAACACAGAUUUGCGUGGACCCAAAAGGGUGCUGUUGGCGACAUCUGUCAAAAAUCCAGACACCGGCGGCGGAGGAGGGAAGAAGCCAUUGUAUGAAGGAGCGAUAUCCAGGCCCACCAUAGAGGAGCGAAUAGACAGUAGUGUCAGACGAUCAUAG